UUGAAUUGCUACUAUCACGAUAUUCACAAUUACGUGAAUAUUUUCACUAAAAAUGUCUAAUAACAGCCUGUUUUUAAAGUCUGGCUUUGUGCGAGCGCCUCUGCAGAACGGUGUUGGCCGCUAUGUAUGCCAAUUGCAAAGGAUUGUGCUUAAAUUCUGUAAAAGUCAUGGCAGUAGCCGCGGUAUGAGGGACUUCAUAGAGCAAGAUCUGGUGGAGUUUGCACGGGAGAACCCUGGAGUGGUGGUGUACCUUAAACCCCGGCGUCACCGCGCGCCAGUCGUUGUCGGAGAGUACUUAAACGGCGACCGUGUCUGGAUGAACGUGUGUAACAAGCAGCAAACAGAAAUAACCAAAUGGAUGGAAGUACUCCGCACCCAACAGGGUGAUGUGUCCAACAUCCGACUCAGGAAAUAUCAGCACACAGACCACCCGUCCAUACAGGGCGCCUGGACGCCUUGGACGUUUAAGGCUCCUGAACUUAAUACCGCUACGCUACCGGAUGCAGAGUUUGGAAGGAAUGACAGACUGCCGCGUUCGGCGACGGAAGAACUGCGGUUGCUGUUUGAAAAACAGAGGCUGGACGAAAAACAACUCAAGACUGGGGAGUAGACUACAAGUAUUAAGAAAUGUAAGCCUUAGAACGCACUGCGAUUAACAUUUUCGACGCCGUGUCAAACACAAAAGUCGUCACUCGGACGCCACGUCACCGAAGUGUCAAAACUGUUGAACUUUAUGCAUAUGCACGUAGGUCUAUGUUGCUCUGUGGUUUGUGACCGAUUAUUCCUUCUUUGGCGUUGGACAUGCGGUGCGGAUAUAUCGGUCAUUGGCGUCCAAAAGGUUAAUUUCUUGUGGUUUCAGUCUUGCAAGUGAGUGCGGUUAUGAAGCAUACCGUACGCAAAGAGAAUAGAGUGCAUAGAGACGGAUUGUCAAAAUAAAUUAUGUAGCCACUGUUGCCGUCUUUCGACAGAAGAUAAAAUUGUUAGAACGCCAUUUGACUUUGAUCCUUAUUCUUUCACUGAUAUGUGUUAACUUAUUAAAUAUUAAUAUUAACGCCAUCUACUCGACUAGAUAGGCCUAAGGUAUGGU